AAGCCCCGCGCGACCCCGUGGCAAAACACGAGCGAACCUCACCGUACGUCCGCGGGAUCGUCGAUGGCUAGCCUGACCGUGCCGCCGGCGCCAACGUGGCCCCGGCAGGACGCCGUCGACCUCCACAGGGCGUUCAAAGGGUUCGGCUGUGACAGCACGACGGUGAUCAACAUCCUCGCCCACCGCGACGCCAGGCAACGCGCGCUCAUCCAGCAGGAGUACAAGGCCAUCUUCAACCAGGACCUCUCCCGGCGCGUCGCGUCGGAGCUCAGCGGACACCACAAGAGAGCGAUGCUGCUGUGGAUCCUUGAUCCCGUAGCGCGCGACGCGACGAUACUGAAGCAGGCUCUCACCGGGGACACCACCGACCUGAGGGCAGCUACCGAGAUCAUCUGCUCCAGGACGCCGUCCCAGCUGCAGAUCAUAAGACAGACCUACCGCGCCAGGUUCGGCUGCUACGUUGAGCACGACGUCACAGAGCGCACCUCCGGCGAUCACCAGAGGCUUCUGCUGGCGUACCUGACGAUCCCGCGGUACGAGGGCCCCGAGGUGGAUCCGUCCACGGUGACGCUCGACGCGCGGGAGCUGUACAAGGCCGGGGAGCGGCGGCUGGGCACGGACGAGCGGACGUUCAUCCGCGUCUUCAGCGAGCGCAGCUGGGCGCACAUGGCGUCCGUCGCCUCCGCCUACCACCACAUGUACUACCGGUCCCUCGAGAAGGCCGUGAAGAGCGAGACGUCGGGCAACUUCGGGUUCGGCCUGCUGACCAUCCUCCGGUGCGCCGAGAGCCCCGCGAGGUACUUCGCCAAGGUGCUGCACAAGGCGAUGAAGGGGCUGGGCACGAGCGACUCGACGCUGAUCCGGGUGGUGGUGACGCGAGCGGAGUUCGACAUGCAGCACAUCAAGGCGGAGUACCACAAGAUGUACAAGAGGUCGCUCGCCGACGCCAUCCAUUCCGAAACGUCGGGGAACUACCGCACCUUCCUCCUCUCCCUCGUCGGCCGCGACCGCUAGCCAUCGACGCCACCGCCACCGUCGGGAAAAUCUUAGUUAUUAAUUUCCUAGUGUUUCUAAUUUGGGCAUCCAUUGAGAACAUGUAGAUAUUUCUGUUCAAAUAAUACCAAGAGGCUGGUCUCGCUUGGACAUAAGAUGAGAUAGACAUUUGGAUUCGUGCA